AUGCCUCGCAAUCGCAAGGGAAGUGGAAUCUUUGACUCUUAUGGUUUGCCAAAACCUAUCAUUGGAGUCGUGCGGACUACUGCCAAAACGACUGCCAGCACAGGUACAAGCACCAGGCACUUGAUCGAAUAUUCGGCGACACCGAACCAAUCUUCAGGACAAAAUGGACAUACGUUGAGACAGAGCACGUUGAUGCCAAAGCUAGCAGAUGGCUUGGCAUAUAACAUUCCUGAGAGACCUCCAUCAUUGCAACACAUUUCGGCUUUGAAAAGGACGUGCAAGUCCAUGGCAAGAUACUUUGAAGAAAACUCAGUCACAUCCCUUUCUCCGGCGGGGCGUGUUAAUAGUGAUGAGGUAUAUAUUAAGAGAAAAGGAAACAGAGUUGUAUUUACAGAGCCCAUAGCUACUUACAGAAGUAACGGUACAGGCAAAACCUUUGGAAUCAUCCGUCUCAAAGGUGAAGAGGUAAAAUUUAAAGCAGCAAGUGGCUGGGGAAGGAGAGAGCAUGACGAUUCGUUACGGGACAACGAAUUUUGCUCAGCCGUAAGUUUCCCAGGUUCUGUUAGGGCAGCUAUUCAUGUUCUAGUUGUAAAGCUAGAUCGCAGACAAUGCCCUUUUUCUUCCAUACAAAGCGGUGCUAAUCUAUCGAUUCUACAGCAAGUAUUGCAAUUUUGCAAUUAUUUAGGCUUUAAACUUCGAAGGAAUUGCUGGGACAAGACUGAAAUCGGAAGAUACGCAGCUUGCCACGUCGAGAAGAAGCUCAUACUGAUGCUCGUACUGGAUUUGAUCUACGACGCGGAGACUGGCGAUAUAGCGAUGUAUAGAUUAGAAGAACUUUGGAAAUUAAGACCGCCGCUCCGGGCACAAAUCUACAUCGAUAAAGACCCCUGUGAGGGUUGCAGAAACUUUGCUAGUAUAUUGAGGGAUUCGACGGGCAUCGAAUUCGAAAUAAUUGCUGCAAAAACUUUUGUGGAAGCAGAGUGGGUGAAGGUGGAUGGGAAAAAGCAGCUCCGGGGAAAGCAUACUGCACAAAAUGGGCAAUCUCAAAUAACGAAAUACUCAAUGUCCAAGACAAAUAGGUCAGAGAAGACGGUAGACGACAGCAUACCGGAGGCUUCCCCAUCUCGGAAAAGCAAAUCUGAAGGGAAGCGGAAGAGAUUGUUGGACGAUUAUGAUGACGAAUAUGUUGAUGAAUCAUCCAUCUUCCAUUCCAAUGAUUUGCAACCAAAGGCCAAAAGAUCAUACAGUCACUCUCGAACUGUCGAUCAAGUCAACAAAUCGAAGUCUAACUUAUUUACCCUUCAUUCGAGGAGGCCAACCCCCAUCCACAACGUGCAGAAAGAUCUUGCUAGCAACACGCACUUGCCUUCAACUAAACAACGAAGCACAAAAGUGGAUAUGAAGUCCACGAAAUCUAGCCUGCCUUUGAAUUCGACAAAACACGUCAAAGUGCCUCCACCACGAGGUACAGUAGUGGACCACUACUCUACGUCAGUGAAGAGUGGCAGGCUGCACGGCCAUGCUGUACCUUCUGAGCGAUCACGAGCAAUAGCGGAGUUUCAGCAGGCAAAAAGCAGUUUACUUUCCAAGCCUGUAGAUCGCAACUUGCCAAGCAAUCGCAAUAUGCCAUCCAUAUCUUCACCCGCCGGAACAUAUAUUUACACAGCAUCUGAUGAUUUAGAUUCCAUGAGCUUGAGAAGUUCGAGAACAGCUUCACCUGAAAGACCUGCAGAUGUUUUACCUACCCCGGAAAUAACGCCCCCGACAAGACAUGCAAGAGGUUUAUCCUCAAAUAGAUUGAAGGCAGCAGAGCCUUUCACCCCUUCGAGAUAUGCCCAGAGCUCACGUAAACGAAACCUGAGCAAAGCUGCAACUCAUAGCUCAUCAUCAUCAUCAAAGCAAGUCAGUUCCAGGAGCAUUGACUUGACCACUCCCGAGCCAUCACCAUUGUUAAAGAUAAAAAACUAUCAAUACACACCACCUUCCAAAUCUAGCAAACAUCGCUCAGAGAAGAACGCCACCCCUAUUCCAUUCAAGCUGUCCAAUAACCUCAAUUGA